AUGGGAGACAUGAAACCGUCUCAGUUUCUGCGCCACCUUAAGAGCCUGGCAGGAUGCAGCUUCCCCGACGACACCCUACGGACACUGUGGGUCACACGCCUUCCCGCUGACGUCCAGGCGUUGUUGGUCACACAACGCAACGCCAGUCUCGAGGACGCCGCAGAACUCGCCGACAAGACCAUCCAGAUCCUAAAGCCAAGGAUCCCAGCAGUCGCCCCACAGAUCGCCGAGACAUCUGUUCACAGCAUCGAGGCACUCCUGAGUCUCAAGCUCUUCCAACUCUCCCUCACCCUCGACGAGAAACUCAAUUCGAUGCGAGGCGAAAUCGAGAGCCUCAAACGGUUGAGCAGAGCUGACGGGGGAAAUCCAGGACGGGGAUUCAGACGUGGCAGAUCCAGGUCACGUUUGAAGCACCGGCAGGCAGAGAUCGACGGCCCCUUCUGGUACCACUGGAAGUUUGGACCCAGCGCCAGGACCUGCACGCAGCCGUGCAACUUCACCGCCGCGGGAAACGGGACAAGCAGUCACUAA